AUGGGGGUGUUUAGGAGUUUGAUAUUUUUGCUGUCUUUUCAGCUCCUGCAUGUGGCAAAAGGUUCUAUGGUAUGGCUAAAUAAGAAUGGCUAUGAGGAUCUGGUUGUUGCAAUUAGUCCCCAGGUGCCAGAAAAUGACAACAUCAUCCUGAACACGAUGAACAUGAUUAAAAAUGCUUCUAAUUACUUGUUUCAAACAACAAAACAUCGAUUUUUCUUCAAGUCUGUAAAAAUUAUAAUUCCUGAAACAUGGAAGAAAAACACCAGCUAUUCAAGAUUAAAAACAGAAUCAUAUGAUAAGGCAGAUGUCAUCAUAGCAGACCAUUACAUGAAACAUGUAGAUGACCCUUACACCUUACACUAUGGAGGAUGUAAGGAGAAAGGACAGUACAUCCAUUUCACACCUAACUUCCUGUUAAAUUACAAUUUGACUAAUGUUUAUGGAGAAAAAGGUCGAGUUUUUGUCCACGAAUGGGCUCACUAUCGGUGGGGGGUGUUCAAUGAAUAUAGUAGCAAUGUGCCUUUUUAUGUGUCUAGAAAUUCUAAAGAAGCAAGUGUUGAAGCAACAAGCUGUCCAGCUGGUGUGACUGGUAUACCUGUUUUCCAAGACUGCAAUGGAGACAAGUGUGAGCUAAGAAGAUGUAGAUAUGGUGAUCAGCUCUGUGAAAAAGGAUGUAUAUUUAUUCCAGAUAUACAACAAAAGAUGCCAUGUUCUGUUAUGGAUUUGCGAUACACAUCGUCUGUGGUUGAAUUUUGUGAUAAAAACACUCACAAUAGUGAGGCUCCAAAUAUGCAGAAUAAGAUAUGCAACCACAAAAGCACGUGGGAAGUGAUUAUGGAAUCUGAUGACUUUCGCAACUCGGCUGUUGUAAAUGCUUCUGCACCCCCCUCUGAGACUACCUUCAGGCUACUGCAGGCCCAAGACAGAGCAGUCGCUUUAGUACUGGAUGUUUCUGGGAGCAUGUUAAUGCAUGACCGCAUUGGACAUCUCCGUAGAGCUGCAGAGGUAUUUCUGCUCCAUAUUAUUGAAAUCGGUUCCUGGGCUGGAAUUGUCACAUUUAACUCUGAUGCAUCUGAAGAAGCUCCUUUGCAACAAAUAACCAAUGAUGCAGCACGCCAAAAACUUGUUCAAUGUUUGCCUAUAACUGCUAGUGGAAAAACCAGUAUCUGUGCAGGUGUACGUAAAGGACUUAAGUUAAUUGAAGAUAAAAUGAAUGCUACCUAUGGUUCAGAAAUUGUGCUACUGACAGAUGGAGAGGACUCAGGUAUAGCAGCUUGCUUUGAUUUGGUGAAACAAAGUGGGGCAAGAGUUCACACCAUUUCACUGGGGCCAUCGGCAGCCAAAGAAUUAGAAGAAUUUUCGAAACUAACAGGAGGUUUAAAGCUUUAUGCUGUAGAUGGAGCCACCCACAUUAAAUUAACUGAGACAUUCAGUGCAAUUACACCAGGAAAAGGAGAUAUUUCUAAACAAUCUAUUCAGUCUCUUGAAAGCAAAGAGCUCGCUGUUCCGCCUUCUGGAUGGAUGAAUACUACUGUGCCUGUUGACAAAACUGUGGGAAAUGACACUUUCUUCAGCACUUCAUGGAAUCUGUCUCAGCCAAUUUUUUUCCUGAGGGACCCCAAAGGAAAAGAAUAUGGAAGCUCAGACUUUACAAUCGAUAAUUUAAACCUAAACACAGCUAGACUCAGUAUAAGUGGCACUGCAGAGGUGGGCGAUUGGCAGUUUUGUAUUAAAAACGUUCAUACAGCAACUCAAGCUAUAUCAGUAACAGCUAUCUCUCGACCAGCAUAUUCUGAUGUUCCUCCUGUGAGCACUGUGGCUCACAUGAACAGGGAAAAUAGAGCAUUUAAUCCUGUUGUUGUUUACGCAGAGGUUAGCCAAGGGUUUUUGCCUGUUCUUGGUGCAACUGUGGUAGCCACCAUAGAGAAGGAUGGUGCUGCAACAGUAACCCUUGAACUUUUUGAUAAUGGCGCAGGUGCUGACACGAUGAAGAACGAUGGAAUCUACUCAAGGUACUUUACUUCUUUACAAAGCAGUGGAAGAUACCGUCUAAAAGUGAAAGCCCGUGGGAGAAAGACAACCACCAGACUUAGCCUCAGGCAAAACCGAGCCUUGUAUAUACCAGGCUACAGAGAAAAUGGUAAAAUUUACAUGAAUGCACCGAGACCUAAAUUUGCGGAUAAAGAAAUCCAAGUCGAGCUGGCAAGUUUCAGCAGAAUUUCAACAAGUUCUCUUGUAGUGAAUACAGGAGGAGAUUCUGCUCCUAUUUAUCCACCCUGUAAAGUUACAGACCUUCAUGCUUGUAUAGAAAACAAUACAAUAGUCUUGUCUUGGACAGCUCCAGGAGGUGACUUGGACAAUGGAAAAGCUGAUCACUACAUAAUAAAAAGCAGUGAAAAUCUUCUGGACCUAAGAAAUCACUUUGAUCGUGCUACUUCUGUGAAUUCCUCUAAUCUCAUACCUAAGGAGGCUGGCAGAGAAGAAUCAUUUAAAAUUAAACCAGAAAAUUUCAUAAUAGAAAAUGGCACCAUAAUCUACUUUGCUAUACGUGCUGUUGAUGAUACCAACUUGAUUUCAGAGGUGUCUAAUAUAGCACGAGCCACAUGGUUCAUUCCUCCAAAAGCAUCUGUGCCUUCAGAUUAUCAUGGCAACAAUGAUGGUCCUAACACUACAGUAAUAGUGGCAAUAGUUGCUGCGUGUAUAGUAGUUGUCUGUACUAUUGUAAGUUCAACUCUGUGUGUUUUAAAAAAAAAAAAAGAGAGGAGUGGAUAUUGA